GAGAGUGUUUGCACUCAGUACAAUUUAUCUCGCAUUUCCGUUUCCUCCCCUCUCCCUGAUUCCUCCCUCCCGUUUAAAUCCCACUACCAAUCGUCUCGCAAACCCUCCCUCGUGCCUGUCAUUGUCUCUUUCUCACUCUACCUCACUUUCCCUCCCUCUCUCUCUCUCUCUCUCUCUCUCUCUCUCUCUCUCUCUCUCUUUUAUCCUCCCGUACUCGCCCUUUUCCUUCCUCUUUAACAAAAGCCUUUAUUUAUAGACUUUGGCAAGUUUAUCUUCCUAUGUACUCUAUACGGUCUGGAUAAAAAAAUCGGAGUAUCACUUGUGUAGGAAGUGCACAAAUAUCGAAAGCGAAGGAGGGAGGAAUAACGAGUGGCGCGGAAAAAAGAGGAGGAGUUUCGUCCUGGGAACGCUUUGAAAGAAAUUCUCUUGCGUUUUUGUCUGCCAUUCGCGUCACGGUUACCAUGAAAAUGUCAGACCACUGGUGAUUCAUUCGCUCAUUAACUCGUCUUUCAUUCGUUUCUCUCGAAGAGACGUUCUGUUUGACGAGUAGGUGAGUGUUUCGCGCUUUUUUUUCCCUCCCAAGAUUUUCGUGCAAGCUUUGUGAUAGCUACAUAUGUGAAUAUGUCGGCACAUUAAUAUUUACACUUGAUAGAAAUUCGUUGUGUAUAUAUUUAAGAUCAAUCGUGUUGUGUAGGUUAAGUAACGUUCGAAAUUUUACGUAUCGGUUCGUCACCGGUGUGGUGUCUUUAAAAGUCAUUAAUAGAUCUUUAUCGUAUCGCCAUUCGCGUACAAAUAAUGUAGUAUCGUUGAAUAUAUGAUAUUUGUGAUAUUUCUCAAAUUAUGAAAAUGUCUUUGUUUAUAACGAUGAUGGAGGAACUAUUGAAUUGUGGCAGCACGCCGUCCAAGGAAAGUAGUUUUCCAGACAGUAAUGAUUUAAAUUCUACACCUAUAUCUAAUUUAGAUGAAAGGAUAUUGGAUGUUAACGCACGGCAGUCUUCAAAUGCCAGAACUUCAUCUACGAAAAAGGCUAAAAGAGUUCGAUUUUUUCGAAAUGGUGACAAAUUUUAUACUGGUGUCGUUAUGGCGGUAACACAUGAAAGAUACCGCAGUUUUGAUAGUUUAGCUUCUGAUUUAACAAGAGCUUUGGUAUCAAGUGUAACAUUACCUAAUGGAGUUAGAGCAAUUUAUACCAUGGAUGGAAGAAAAAUACAAAAUAUUUCAGAAUUAGAAGAUGGUAAAUGCUAUGUAGUGUCUGGACAAGGAGAAAUUUUUAAAAAGGUAGAAUAUUCAUCCUCAAAAGUGAAAAGAGGAAGUUCGCUUUCCGGUUUACCUCAGUCUGCAACUAGUACUGGUAGACAAAUAAGCGCUAUCCCUUUGUGCGUGAAAGCUAGAAUAGUAACAUUGAUACGACACGGUACCAAACCAAGAAAGGUAGUACGUCUGUUAUUGAACAAGAGAAAUGCACCAAGCUUGGAACACGUAAUGGAGGCUAUUACAGAGGUAGUAAAGCUUGAUUCUGGAGCUGUGAGAAAAGUAUAUACUUUGUCAGGCCAGCAAGUUACCUCUUUGGAACAAUUCUUUGAAAGUGAUGAUAUCUUUUUGGCAUAUGGAACAGAAAAGUCGAAUCAGGAGGAUUUUGAAUUAGAUUUCGAAGAAUCCAAAUGUGUUCAAAGUUUCCGUAGAUGUCCAUGGAUUUCGAAUAGACAGAAUGGUCCAAUGCCAAGGAUGCCACGAAAAUCUGGCAAAAAGGUCCUUACUACACCUCAAGUUAGAACGCCAAGUCCAUCUUCUUUAAUUUUACCUCAACCGCUACGUUUACAUUAUGCUGUGGGCCACGUAAUCGGAGAUGGAAAUUUUGCUGUAGUGAGACACUGUAUUCACAAAGCUACAGGCGCAGAAUAUGCUAUGAAAAUUGUGGAUAAGUAUAAAUGCCAAGGAAAGGAAACGAUGUUGGCGAGUGAAGUUGCAAUUCUGCGUCAGGUAUGUCAUCCAAACAUAAUUAGCUUGAUCGCGGAACAGGAAACAAUGGAUCAAUUGUUUUUGGUCAUGGAACUCGUGAAGGGUGGUGAUUUAUUUGAUGCAAUAGCUGCUGCUACAAAAUUUUCAGAAGCUGAAGCUAGUGUGAUGAUAGGACAUUUAACAUCCGCUUUAGCAUAUCUACACUCUCAUCAUAUUGUACAUCGUGAUGUUAAACCAGAAAAUCUUUUAGUUGAAAUGGAGGGUAGUCAUGUUCGGUGUUUGAAAUUAGGAGAUUUCGGGCUUGCACAAAUAGUGAGAGAAAAUCUUUAUACCGUGUGCGGAACACCGACAUAUGUAGCACCCGAGAUACUUGCAGAAACUGGAUACGGUUUAAAAAUCGACGUCUGGGCAGCCGGAGUGAUAUUAUACAUAUUAUUGUGUGGUUUUCCACCAUUUGUUUCACCAGAAAAUGAACAAGAAGAAUUAUUUGAACGUAUUUUAAGUGGGCAAUACGAAUUCACUUCACCUUACUGGGACACAAUUUCCGAUUCUGCUAAACAAUUAAUCACAAAUAUGCUACAGGCACAACCAGAACUUAGGUUCAGUGCGGAAGAUGUACUUGAUCAUCCAUGGCUAGCGAGCUUUCUAGGAGGCAAGCAGACCUCAACAACAUCUACCGACUCGACGGAGCAAUACGGGGAUCAGCAGUGUAAGCCGAUAAGGCUGGCCACAUUUGAGUUUGACUAUAAGAAGCAAAGAAAAAAUGAUGGUUCUCAAGAAAAUGUGCGGUUGAAUGAUAUAUGCGGUAAUAGGAAAAGGCCUAAUCAGAAUAACGUCGUACCAUCAUCUUUUGAUGACAAUUUGAUAUUUGACAUGAAUCGUUAUCAAUCGAGAGCUACUACAGAUAGCAAAGAUGAAAUCUAUUUGGCUAGUGAUAUCAACUGUGAGGACGGACCUAUGUCUCUAAGUGCUGAUUGCUUGCAAGAUAUUCAUGCUCUUGGCCAAUCUGUACACAAUCUUAUAAACACUCUUAAUAAAAACGAAGAUCUUGAAGAUUCAUCAAGAUUAUCACACAGUACAACUUCUUCAAUGAGCAGUAUUCCUAAGAAUAUAAAUUUAUCUUUACGUAAAGAUAAUUCCACGUCAUUAAUAUGCGAUUAUAAUAAUAGCUCCUCUUUUCACAUUGAUACACCUCCUAAUAAAAGUGUUCACUUAUCGAGAAUAACUACGUUAAAUAAAAGAAAUGGAAAUUCAUUGAGUGAUAUCAAUUUUAAAGAAGAUACGCCAGGCAUUAAGAUUUUUCAGUUAAGUAAAAAAAUGGAGAGCAAACGACAAAAUAAAAGAAGUGCAAGAAGUUAUGAAAACUCGAAUCUAUCGUCUAAUAUGAAGUCUAUCUAUAAAAGUGACGAUCUCAAGAAUUGCAAUGCAGUAUCGUCUUCGAGCGAUAGUUUUACUGGUAGUUCCAGUAAUGAUAUAGAAACUUCUGACAGUUUUGUAAAUAUUCAAUUUGCACAAUCAGCAUAUAGCCGAAAAUCAAGUUCAAUUCAAAGUAUGGAAUCUACCGAUAGCUUCGAGAAUAUAAGCAUGUCCCCUAAUCAAGAUAUUAAAUGCAAUAAUGUGAACGAUCCAAAUCAAAAUAGUUGCAAAGAUGUUGAAGUCGCAAAUGAUGAUGUAUUGAAGAAGAAGAUUAAUUUUAAAAACGAUACAUCAAAAAUACCCAAGGUGCGAAAUCUUCAUACAGAUGAUAAGACAAAUUCUGUCAAUAACGUGACAAAGGGGCAAGAUAUAUUAAGACAUUCAAAGAAUGGCGUAUCAUCUUUCGGAGAGGAUAAUCCGUCGAGGAUAAAAACAAGUAUAAAAAAUUCGGUGAAAGUCAAAAGAUUUAGCUAUAUUCCUCAAUACUCGACAAAGAAAUCCAUUGAGAGUAGUGUCGACAUUAGUAAUUCAUCCAAUUAUACGGAUAGAAAAGAUGGACGAAAAUUUCGUUCUACUGAUGAACUACGAAAUGAGAAACAAAAACAAGUUAAACCAAAACGAUUUAGUCUUUAUUAUACGCCCCAACCGUCACGGAAAACGUACGAGACAGAGUUGAAAGACGUUAAAAAUACGUCUAAGAAUUCUAAUAUCGAUAGUAAUAAUGAACGGCACAAUAAUGUUAAAUUGGUCGACAUUGGUAACAAAAGAAAAGAUGAUUUAUCCAAAUACGACGAGCACAAAAAUUUUAGAAAUCGAAGAUCUGUUAUAGAUGCAUCGACAGUUGCUAGCAGAAGUAAAACAAAUAAAUAAGACAUUAGACGUAUGAUAUUUUAAACGUUACGCAAUAUCAAGCUGGAAAAAUAUGGAAAUGUAUAGAUCGCAAAUGUAUUAUUAAGAAGAUGGGCUUAAUGCCCAAAAAUGUCCAAAGGUGUAAUAAUGAUUAAGUUAACAUAGUUCUAAUAAUGGUGUAAUGGUAUUAGAGAAAAAGGAAAAAGAAAAAAAAAAAAAGAAAAAAAGUGACAUCAUUUGUUCUCGGGUUUGAAAUAAGUAACUGUGAUUAGAACUGAUGGGACACAAA